AAUUCACACCCAAUAUUAAUGCAGACAGAAAUAUAAAUAUCUCUAUAUAAAUGUGAGUGUGUAUGGUUAAGAAAGACAGUAAGUAAGAUGGGUUUUGAUGAGAAUCAAGAAGCAUUGGUGAAGGAAUCAUGGGAAAUUAUGAAGGAAGACAUUCCUGACCUCAGUCUCUAUUUCUUUACACAGGUCCUGGAGAUAGCACCUGGUGCAAAGGAAUUGUUUUCAUUUCUGAAAGAUACAGAUGAAAUUCCACAAGAUAACCCAAAGCUCAAGGCCCAUGCUAUCAAAGUUUUUAAGAUGACAUGUGAGGCGGCGAUUCAGCUGAGGGAGAAAGGUGAAGUUGUGAUUUCUGGUUCCACUCUCAAGUAUUUGGGAUCUGUUCAUCUGCAGAAAGGAAUUGCUGCUCCUCACUUUGAGGUAGUUAAGGAAGGAGUGCUGCGAACAGUGGAAAAGGGAGUUGGGGAGAAAUGGGGUGAAGAGAUGAAGGAAGCUUGGUCUGAAGCUUAUAAUCAGUUGGCUGCUGCUAUACAAGCUGAGAUGGAAAAAGAGGCUGCUGAAACGCAACUUCAAGAAACGUACACGCAACCUAAGGAAAUGCAACCUUAACCUUGAUUCAUAUGCUAGCUAUAUACGUUUUUACAUGAUAAACGGGUAUAUGUAACAAAUAAGGCUAUGUUGUUGGGACGUUGAAUUAAUCAUCUUUAAGUUCAAAAAUAGGCAACUUCAAUUCAA